AUGGAGAAUCUUGAAGCUCUUCCCUUUGCAAUGGCUGCGUUUUUUUCUUUUAUGUUAUGGAGGGUGUUGUAUUCUUGUUGGGUUUUGCCGAUUAGGGUUUAUAGAAAGCUCGCCAUUAAUGGGUUUUCUGGUCCACCUCCUAGCUUUCCUCUAGGGAACACCAUUGACAUGAAGAAGGCCAAGAAAAUUGAAUCUUCUUCGUCGUCUUUAACUGUUUCUAAUGAUAUCCAUUCCAGUGUGUUUCCGUACUUUGCUCAGUGGCAAAAAUCAUAUGGGAAGGUGUUUGUCUACUGGCUUGGAACUGAGCCUUUUCUGUAUAUUGCUGAUCCAGAAUUCUUGAAGAAAAUAUCAUCUGGGGUUAUGGGGAAAAGCUGGGGGAAACCCACAGUUUUCAAGAAUGACAGAAAACCCAUGUUUGGUGGUGGUUUGGUUAUGGCGGAAGGUGAUGAUUGGGUUCGCCAUCGUCAUGUCAUAACUCCUGCAUUCUCUCCUGCUAACCUGAAGGCAAUGUCAAGCAUGAUGGUGGAGACAACGACAAGCAUGCUAGACCGAUGGACGGAGUUGAUCAACUCCGGCAAGCCAGAGAUUGAAGUAGAGGGAGAAAUCAUAAGCACGGCCGGCGAAAUCAUCGCGAAAACAAGCUUCGGGAUGAACUUCGAGAACGGAAGAACAGUGUUCAAGAAGCUACGAGCAAUGCAGGUGACGCUGUUCAAGUCGAAUCGUUACGUAGGCGUACCGUUCAGCAAAUACCUGUGUCUUGGACAACAUCUUGAAGCAAAACGACUUGGGGAAGAGAUAGAUGCCCUACUCUUGCCAAUCAUAGAAGACAGAAAGAAAUCAAUGGCGGAAAACAUGGUUGCAGGUGGUGGUGGUAACAAAGAACAGCAGAAUCUUUUAGGGGUUUUGCUGGAAGGAAACCAUGUGGGAGGAGAUCAAAAAGGGAGGAGAUUGAGUACGAGAGAGCUGGUGGAUGAAUGCAAAACGUUCUUCUUUGGUGGGCAUGAGACAACGGCGUUGGCCAUAACUUGGAGCUUACUGAUGCUGGCGGUGCAUCCCAUGUGGCAACAUGAACUCAGAGAAGAAGUUAAGCAGGUGAUUGGAGAUGGCAACAUUGAUGCAACCAUGCUUGUUGGCUUAAAGAAGAUGGGGUGGGUGAUGAGUGAAGUCUUACGAUUAUACCCUACAGCCCCAAAUAUCCAAAGGCAAGUUCGAGGGGACAUUCAAGUCGACCAAGACUCCGUAAUCCCUGACGGCACCAACAUGUGGAUCGAUGUGGUGGCAAUGCAUCAUGAUCGUGACUUUUGGGGAGAAGAUGCGAAUGAAUUCAAACCUGAACGGUUCAAGGAGGAUAGCUUGUACGGGAGAUGCCAACACAAGAUGGGCUAUUUGCCUUUUGGGUUUGGAGGUCGAAUGUGUGUGGGUCGAAAUUUGAGCGCGAUGGAGUACAAGAUAGUGUUGAGCUUAAUCUUGACCAAAUUUUCGUUCUCGUUAUCACCAAAUUACUCUCAUUCGCCCUCUAUUAUGCUUUCCCUUAGGCCUAUGCAUGGCUUACCCCUUUUAAUGAAACCGUUGUAG